UUAACAGCAGAAGUCAUAAAUAGUGCAUUAAAUACCCUUUCCCUUCUGUGCCAAAAAUACACACAGAGGCUACGAGUAAAGGCAAGGCUGUUUGCAGAGCUUUGUGAUUUUUUUCAAUGCAUGCUUAUUUAAAAGAACCUUUUGGGUUCAUUUGGAAAUGUCACUCAUUAUGUUGAGAAGCGACUGCAGGCCGAUGAUGACCACGUGGAGCUGUAUAUGUGAUCAAGAAGUUGCUUUGUUAUUUGAUCAUUUUGAAUAUUUUGUUCGCAUUUGAGUUGAGAAAUUCUCCUCGUGCAUUUUUCUUCCAUGCAGGAGCUUAACAAACCCUUGUCUACUUUAUUGUUUUUAUUUUUAAAUUCAAAGUAUACCGUGACCUGGCUGGCCCACUUGACUGGAAAGUGAUUUGGCACGCCUUCUCCGUUGAAGGAGGCAGGUUCACAUUGUCACUCUGUCCCGUGUCUCGGAUUCAAACGCUUGGCCCGCACUGAGGCUGAAGCGCAACUCAACAGUUCCCACUGAACAAUGGAAACCGAAUCAGGAAUUAACAUGCAGCACUGUUCUGGAGGUUUAACGACAAAAGAAAAACUUCCAGGUCAACAUCGGAGAUACCUUGAGCUGUAGUCGCCUUUGUUUGUUGUCUAUUUUUCGCACAUCUUGGGUAUUUUGGAGUGACAAGGUCUCCAAGGAGAGUACAGUCGGUGGAUCGUUGGACUGACUUUCCAAGCAGGAAUGGCCACUGUACGUCUCGAGUACGUUGCUCCGUGGUGGACAUACUGGCUGCACAAUUUCCCUCACUUUGAUUUCCUCUUCGAACCGCUGGACAACACUUUCAAACCGGAUGAUACGAGCUAUCAGCAGUCUCUGAUAUUACUAGCAGGUGUUGGUGCAGUUGGUCUGAGUCUGAGCCUGCUGGUUCUGGCAGUAUACCUAACCCUCCUGUGUUGCUGGCGCAGGGACAUAGAUGAAGACACCAAAAGGCCCAAUAACUGCUGUGUCACCUGGGCUGCUAUCAUCACAGGCCUUGUCAUAUGUUCGGCCGUAGGAGUGGGUUUCUAUGGAAACAGCGAGACCAAUGAUGGGGUUUACCAGCUGACCUACUCUCUCUACAAUGCCAAUCACACAUUGGGUGGCAUCAACAAUCUGGUCGCUGGAUCCGUGGGUGAUGUGGAAACCGGACUUAAACAACACCUGGAACGGCUGGAUGAAAUCUUUGCUACAAGGUCUGACUACCUGCAGUCUCUGCGCUUCAUGCGGCUAAUGAUCAAUAACGUCAUCCGCGAGCUGACUGCUCUGCCGGAUAUCAACAAAGCCAAUGUUGACUUGGCAGCCAUUGCUGACAAAACAGCCUUCAUUGAGUACUAUAGAUGGCUGGCCUUCCUGCUGCUGCUCAUCAUGGAUCUGGUCAUCUGCUUGGCCAUGUGCUUGGGGAUGGCCAAGCAGUCUCGAUGGCUGCUAAUCAUGAUCAUGGUUUUUGUAGCACUCUCUCUGAUCCUGAGCUGGGCUUCAUUUGGAGUUGGCGCUGCUACAGCUGUGGGCACCAGUGACUUCUGUGUGUCUCCAGACAAGUUCAUUGUGAACCAGACCAAUGAUUUCAUCAGUGCAGAUGUUGCACAUUACUAUUUGUUCUGCAGUCCGAACUUACCGAACCCCUUCCAACAGUCUAUAACAAUCUGCCAGCGCUCUAUGACCACCAUGCAAAUCCAGAUCCAGGGCUUGCUGCAGUUCUCUGUGCCUUUCUUUCCCACAGCAGAGAGAGAUCUUUUGGGGAUCCAGAAAGUGUUGAACACCACAGAAUUCAGUGUGCACCAGCUAACAGCCUUGCUUGACUGCCGAGGGCUGCAUAAGGACUACCUGGAUGCUCUAAUGGGUGUGUGCUACGAUGGUGUAGAAGGGCUCCUCUACCUGUCUUUGUUUUCCUUACUGGCUGGUUGCGCACUCUCCGCCAUGCUGUGUGCGAUUUUCAAAGUGUGGACACUAAUGGCCAGCAGAGACAAAGAGUAUGACGACAUAGACGAGGAGGACCCUUUCAACCCCCAAGCACGGCGGAUGUCCUACAACCCCAGAAGGUCCAACAUCCACAGUUUCUGUAGCUACACGAGCAGCCUCGGGAGCCAGGCUACUCUUCAUCCUCCUCCACAAGCUGCCUCUAAUGUCAUGCCUGCUCCCGAGUACAUGAAUCAGAACAUGCUGUUUGGAGGGAGUCCUCGGUAUGAGAACGUGCCGCUGAUAGGGAGAGGAUCCCCACCUCCCUCGUACUCGCCCAGUAUGAGGACCACCUAUCUAUCUAUGACUGAGGCCCAAAUCAGACACUUUGGGACGGACUUCCAGGUGUAGCCUUCUACCCACUAAAUCCUUCUGAGACUGUCUGAGACUCUGGGUGCCUACCAAGAAGGCUUUCUCCACAGCAUAAUCCUGUUUGCGGGAGCUGCAGCCCGCCGUCCCUAUCUGAGACAUAAAAGCAGGCCACACGAGGCAUUUACCUCACUAACACACUGAUGCAGUGCUCUGAAGGCCCUGCGUGCAGUUUUGAACAGUGACUGGCCUGUACGGACUCACAUGAGGAUUGAUGUUGAUGUUGUUGUGGUGUACGGAAACGCUCUUGUUUUAAUAUAAGCAUUUCUUACAGUCAAAUCUCUUGAGUCAAAUCAGAAGCAUUUGAACUGAUUGGAUUAAAAAAGUAUUUUCCUUUUUCUUUAAUCUGGUGGCCUGCGUGGAAAUGAUCAUCAGUUGGGUCAUUUGAUGGGAGAAGAAUGGCUGACCCAAAGACUUUCUAACUUGGCAUUUUGAUUCUUUGGUAGUGACGUGAUUCCUUCAUUUACAAGACUUUUUUGUAAUUUUUGAAGGUGCUAUACAAAAUGAAGUACAUUUUUUCAUCUUAUCUUGAUAAUUAUAAAAAAAAUGUCAGUGAAAAACACUACCAGAGUUUUUUUGUGAACAGCCAAAUAUGCAAAGUCAGUAUUUGUGAUCGACUUCCCUUUUGCAAGGUUUUAAGCUGCAACAGGCUUAAGCAUCUCUUUGUUCUUGUUUUGAUACUGUAUUGACCUGCUAAACAGGGAGAACUAUAAUAGUCAUGGCUAAAGUGUUUCAUAUUGCUUUGCAAAAUUUGGAGACUAUAUAUCAGUUGCACAUGAGAACUUUCCCCCUGGCCUAAAUAAUCACUAGUGGAUAGGAUUCAGUUUACCUCCCAUACAUUACUGUGCAGUGAUACAGAUCAUAAACAAUAAUGUGAACAACAUGCAAAAAUAUCGCUCUCAGAGCCACAUGCCCUCUUAUGAAUUAAAACGUGUUAUAGAGACCUGCUGUAUGCUGUUUUCUCUGUAAAAUAAUGAUGAAACAAAUGUUUGACCAUAAAUGCUUCAUUCAGA